UGUAUUUUAGCUUUACAAACUUAGCCGCUGUUUAUUAUUGUUGUUUUUUUUAAUAAAGAAAACUCGUCAUUUCCGAUGGCUUUGGAGAGUCUUUUAACUGGAGAGCAUCUGAACUGUUUGUCCUGUAUAUUUUUCGGUGCUCUCUGGGCCUCUUUACGAACUMACUCCCUGUUAACGGUAGGAGCUAGAUGUUAACACCAGCAGCUCUGCCUGUCAGCAGCAGGAAAAGGUGAACAGGAUGAGGCUGAAAGAUGGUUACCAUAUGGCACAGCAAACAUCAGCAGGACGGCGCUACGUACAAACUUUCAUUAGUGGAUUCUUUGUUGCUGUUCCCGUCACAGUUACUAUCCUAGAUAAACUGGCGUAUGUGGCUCGAGUGGAAGGAGCAUCCAUGCAGCCAUUCCUUAACCCAGAUGCGGGAGCCCAGUCUGAUGUUGUCUUGCUGAAUCGUUGGAGUGUAAGAAACUACCAAGUUCAAAGAGGGGACAUCGUCUCUGUUGUUUCCCCUAGAAAUCCCAAGCAGAAGAUCAUCAAGCGCGUCAUUGGCCUAGAGGGAGACUUCAUCAGGACUCUAAGCUACAAGAACCGAUAUGUGCGGGUCCCUGACGGUCAUUUGUGGAUAGAGGGGGAUCAUCGUGGUCACAGUCUGGACAGCAACUGCUUUGGACCGGUGUCACUGGGGCUCCUGCAUGGCAGGGCCUCCCACAUCAUCUGGCCACUAAAUCGUUGGCAAUGCAUUAAACCAUCUCUACCGCCAAACAGAGAACCACUGGAUGCUGAAGAAGAUGAUGAAUAAAAAAAAUGAUGAAAUAGUUUUUGUACAAAUUUUUUUAAGCAAACGCUGUACCAACAUCUAUUUCCUCAGUAUGUGAUUGUUUGAAUUUGAAUAUUCAAGUGCUUCGAUUGGGUUGUUUGUUUUUGUGUUUUUUUUAAUCACUGUAAAGUAAAUCGUUGGUAUUUCCAACUUGGAACUAUUUUCUCUGAGGUUGUCAGCUUUCGAAGUUUCAAACCUCAAUACAGUCAUAAUCCUGAACAUUGUCAUUUGAAACUGAAUUUUACACAUUGACAUUCAAUAGAGAAGAGGACUUCAGCGUGGGGGUCAGGAGUCACGACCACUCGGUGGUUYUCGGGAUUUGCUUUGACCCACCAGUACCUCUGAUUGAGGCAUUUUUUGUAGAUUUAAAAAAAAAAUUUAAGUUAUGUCKUUAAAUCCACAUUAACAUAAAUCUAACGUAACAAAUCAGUAAAUGAGGGAGGCAUAAAAUAACAUAUCAGAAAUGCGCACAUUCAGGGAGCAAAGAUCUGUUAUGUUAAAAGUUUUCAUUUUAUGCAAAAUAAGUUUGUUUUUUUUAAUGGCAGUGGCAAAAUUAGGCCUUCAUUUUUGUAUUCAAUCUGAUGUUGGUUAUGUUUUUUCCUAGGAUUUAAUUUCUACCUUUCAGUUCCAUCCACUGCAGUUUAAUCUUGUCUGAAGUUAAAAUUUGCUGCCGGCUUCUAAUUGUAUGGUGGUGACAUUKCCGUCCAAUUAGGGGGCAGCGUGAACUCACCGAGGCACUGACGUUAUAAACUCCGCUCUUUCAACCGGAUUUUAUAGUGAUAGUGGUCAACAACAGGAUGGGGAGGAGGGACGCCGGAAAAGUGGUUCACACAGGGUGCCAGACAGGCUGGGGGCCCUUGAGGUGACAGGAGAGUUGUUAAGAAAAAUCAGCCACUUCACAUUUCUGACCAACCAACUAAUAUUUUUCUGAUAUUCACACAGAAUAACUUCUGAUGUAAAAUUCACACAUCUGAGUGUGRAUUUUUCACUGGGCUCCAUUUGGCCUGCUUCACAUCCAGACAAAUGAAGCCCAGAUGAAGUGUGUUCUGUUUUGCAGGUCACUAGAACAACCUCACUGCUGCUAUUUAUCACUUGAAUUGUACUGUGCAUUUUUAUAUAUUURUCAAUUGAAUUUAAGGAAGGUCCAGUCUGAGUGCAUGAAGUUUAUGUUGUGUUGACUAUAGCAAUUAGAGCAAAAUAUUAAAGUGCAGUAAAAACAGACCAAACCUAAGACUAAGACCUAAGGAGGAAGGGAUAUAAAAAAUGUUUUUAAUCAGUUUUAAUAUAAGUUCUCUGGACACUUUAUUCAUUAGAAGUAGAAAAUGAUUGAUCAGUCUUUGCCUCUAUCUAAGCAGAUGUUCUCUUUCAUUGGCAACAAAUGUCUGAUUCAAGGAAACUGCUUCCAUUUAUGGCUUUGUUAAAAAAAUAUUACAGUAACAGAGUGAAACAUCUCAUCUAGAGCUUCUUUAAACUGUCAACUGAAAACCUCUGCUAGAAAUGUCUGAGAUGUCUUGGUAGAAUUUCCUUGAUAACAUUUGCAAAUUAAAACAUCUUAUGCUUUAAUGUUAACCAAGAGCUGUAAUGAUGUGCUUUAAGAAAUAAGAUAAUUAAAAAUGUGUGUUGUCCUGAAAUAAAUUAAAAUGUGAUUACUUUG